AUGCCAGCCCACGGGGACCAGCGAUACUCCAAGACUCUGCUCAAGAAAGCCGCGACAGGUACGCGCAAACCCACCUGCCGGCGCUUCGCUGUCUCCCACGUCACGAAGACGCCGAAUGAACGCGCCGCUCUCAAGCUGGAGCGACUUACUCGCAGGCACGAGCUCAACGCAGAACUGAAGGCUGCCCAGCUGGAGGUUAUGGAGAGAGCCCGGCAGAUGCACCAGAAGUACCGACGUCAUAGCGUCGGGUGGUAUUUCGAGGCAAUCUUGCAGCAAGCUCGGGCCGAUGGGAAGAAACGCGACUUGAACCCGUGGAACGCGUUUCUGCACGUGAAAACGCGCGAGUUGAACGACGCCUUACCACCAGACGCGAAGCGCCUCACAGCGAGCGAACGCUCCGCUGAGCUCAAAGCCCUAUGGGCGGAAAUUCCCCUGGAAGAGCGCGCCGAGUUUACGAAGGAAAUGGUCGAUGAGCUCGAGAAGCACCGGCAGAACAAGGAAGACACCGUCCACAACUUCUCCCUCCAGGCGUUCCACGACGCGCAAUCCACUCUCGUUGCCUGUGCCGACCAGCUCAACCGCAUGGCUGGUCGAACAGAUACACGUGUCAUGCUAAUGGCCGUGCGCAGCGACAACGAACACGUCCUCACCCCUUACUUUUAUGCUUCCGACGUCUCCCUCCCCACCUACUUCCACGCCCUCACCCGCUACACCCCACAGGAGUUCCUGUCGAAGCUCGAGUCCUGCACGAUCUCAGGUCUCAUAGGUCUCAUUCAUAACAGUCGCGAUGAAUAUGUAUUAUUGAAGAAGCAGGUGGCCCUCUUAAUCCUGACGAAGCUCCGCAAGGCCGCCAACUUCCAGUUUACUCGCAUGGAGUACGUCCACUUCGACACCGCGGUCACGGAGAAGUUUGGAGUUGUCGUCGUCAACUGGCCCUUCAAGACGUUCGCGUGCUUGUCCUCAUAUUCAAGUAUCCCGGAGCUCAAGGUUCUCCUCAGCGCAUGGGAGACGGGCACAACGAGCUUCCACAAGCUAUCCCCGCAGGAGUGGAAGGAAUGGCUGGCAGAGCAGACAAGGAAGAGAAUGGAGGAGGCGAACGGCAUGACGACCUCUCAGCCCGAGUCAUCCUUGUCCGAGUCCUCCUCGCCCGAGCCCUCCCUCACCGAGCCUUCCCCGGCCGCGUCUUCCCCAGCCACGUCCUCCUCGUCCUCGCCGGCUGCGCCUUCCCCACCCGCGCUCCUGCAGCCCUCGGUGUUCUCGCAGUCCGCACCACCGCAGGCUGCCGCUAUGCAGAGCACCCGCCCCUCCCCAGCUCGCCUUUCUGCCAGCUCCUUGAGCUCUAGCUCCCCCGCCGUCGAAACUAAUGUGCAGUUCAUCAUGUCCGGCCCCGACGGCAAGGCCAUCAAGCAGCCACGCGUCAAGGCCCCUCGCAAGCCUCGAAAGAAGGCGACGGCUUCCGCUACCACCCCGGAAGCUAGCCCCGCUGGCCAGCCAGGCUACAGCCCCGCAAAUACCUUUGGCGUUGCUGCGAACAUCGGUCAAGUGGCCUCGCCUGUUGACCAACAGGUCUUCAACCUCGUCCCUGCCUUCGGCGGCGAGCAGAACAUCGGCUACGGGAGCGCUAUGCUCCCUGGCCAGCAGAGCUUUGGCCAAUACCUCUCUCCUGCCGGGGAGCAGGGCGUCGGCCUCCAGUUUCUCUCUAACAACCAGCAGACUUACGACUUCAUGGACACUGGCUUCGAGUCUUCCCAUAUGCAAUUAUACACGAUACCUAAUGAUAAUACCUCUGAGACAAUCUCUUUAGAUCAAUCUAGCCCGUUUACUCAUAGUUUAUAG